CGAUUAUGUUCUGUUUAGAUCUAAUUGGUUAUUAUAGGUAUUUGUCAGCCGUAGAAAUAGUGAAAUGGUAUUUCCAGUUGAAUCGCUUUUAGUUUGACCAUUUCAUAGUGGUGAAUCAACAUUGCCAGUCGAUCCUUCAUCAUUUGUGUUUUGUACCUUCAACCGGAAAGAAAUUCCAAAAAUGUACACAAUCAGGGCGCAUCCAAUUAUCAGUCAAGUGAUCACAGUUCUACAAAUAUUCGGAAUGUGGCACAAAGACGAGGAGUCAACUUUCUCAAAGAUAGGCAAGAAAAUGAUAAAUUCAAUAAUGUUGGUAUCGCUUUUCGCUUCACUAUCUUCAGGAGCUUACUUAAGCGGCGACAUGAACGAAUCGGUAUAUUUAAGCGCUGCAACAGUGGCCAGUGCUCUCCUGGUGGUCAAACUCGGUUACAUACUUUCGAAGCAACACGAAAUCAAUGAAUUUCUGAAUGAUAUCUGCGUUCAUUCGAUCGAAGAUGUAAACGAAUUUGAUGAAAUUAACAUCAAAUUGGAAAAUUUUGCCAAAUUCGGCUACAUAAAUGUGUUUUCAAUGCUGUUGGCCAUUUUCCUUUUUAUCAUUUUAUCAUUACCAUUCUUCUCGAGUGAGAGACGGUUACCGUUGAACGUUGGUUUUCCAUUGGACUGGAAAAAUAGUAUCGUGGGCUAUUGCUUGGCCCAUACGUUUGUCGUAGCUGCAGUCAUAUUUGCCAUGGUUGUCACAUUCUUUACGAUAAUUUAUUGGUAUGUGAUGUUCAAUUGCUCAAUAAAAUACCAAUUACUAGGUAAUAGCCUAAGAAAAUUGGGCUCAAAGAACAGUGCAGCGAAGAACGUCUUUGACAAGCAAGAGACGGUUGAAGACUUAAAAAAGUUGAUUGAAUCUCACCGUAACAUUAAAGAAAAGACGGCAUCCUUCAAGGCUUGUUUCUCGAACUUAUUCUUGGCACAGAUUUUUACGAGUAAUCUCUGCAUCUGUGGCUCUCUCUACGGUUUAGCAUUCAGUUCUGAAAAUAAUCUAAUCCAAACCGUCAUAAACUGUGUUAUUCUCAUCUACAACACUUUCGACAUAUUUGUGGUAAUGUACUUUGGAAACGAGAUCAAAUACCAUUAUAGCCAACUCAUUUACUGCUUAUUCGAAUCCGAUUGGAUCAAUCAGUUGGACACAGUUAAACGGAAUAUUAUAAUUUUAACCGAAGUACUGAAACAGCCACAAGAUCUGGUCAUAUUGAAAUUGUAUCCGAUGAAUUUGGAAACGUUCACAUCGAUAGUAAAGCUUACCUACAGCAUGUUCAAUAUUUUACAGAAAUUUGGAAAAAAAUAAUUUUAUUUUGGUGACCCGAAAUCGGUUCUAUGC